UGCCACCGUUGUGGUACCGCAGGUCGAGGAAAUAGCACGCCGUCUGCAGGCUUUGACUACCAUAGGUGCACUGAGCCGCAACUUCAAGAUAGAUUACAGAAACAUGGUCGUCGACGAUGACUGGCACAUUGUCGGCCUCAUCGGCUGCCAGUGGGAGGAGGCGUAUCCCAGCACCCCUGCCAGUGCCAUUGCGAUGCACGCCGGACGAGACGCUACACCGGGGAGUGAUCAGUCUCUCGUUGGCGCCGCUGGGAGGCUUUACGAUGUGCCUCAUUCAGUCGAGUCUACUGAACGGCCGUGGUCGGAAUACCUGCGCAGUGUGUUCCUGUGGUCUAACGAAGUACGCGUCGCACUCAUACUGGUGACUGCCACUGAUCAUAACCUGAAAUCUCUCCUGGACCUCAACGACGCAGAAGUGCAGCCAUACAAAUUAUGUGCCAUUGUGACUGACCGGCCAAUCCCCGCCUCCAUCAGGUCCAGGUUGGAUCUUCAGACCGUCGUAAUCACCGCUAGGCCCACCUCAACGCUCAACCGCCACCAGACGCGAGACCAGUAUCUACCCCGCGUCCUCUCACAGAAACCACACAUCAUCCUUCUCGCAGGCUCAUGCCAGACCCUUGCCCUACGCAACUACUUACGUGCGCGGCCUUGCGGCAGUCCCCCUCUCGCUCGCCGACCCGCGUCCGGAUCCCCAUACCGGGCAACCGCAGUGCCGCCCACAUCCUCGAACAGUAUACCUGUUCACCACCAUCCAACCCGGCGUCCCCGGCGGAGAACAGUUAGUCGCUGCGCAUGGCUUCGACGAAAUUCUCUCCAGGCGCGCUAAAGAUCCGUCUAAAGAACCCUCGACGUAUCAGCUGCGUCUGCGCAUCUGCGAUCUCCGCCCUGACCCCAAAGAGCCACCGAAGGUUCUGCGUUCAGCGAAUCGGAAGCUACAGAUACCCGAAGAACUCCAGGGUGACCGUAUGCGGGGUGUGCUGCAGGCGCAGGUGGAGGCGGCCGAGGCCAAGUUUGUUGGUGUCGUCUUGCGACAUGGUGCUCAACAGACGAAGAUCUAGUGGUAGCAGAGCCGAUGCCUCUUGUAGUAUAGAUGGACAUAUGUAUUCGUAUAGGAAGCCU